AUCAUCUACUGUCGUUGACGAGGACGGCGUUUAAAAAGCGGACGUUCAUUUUGUUAAUUGGCGAUAGUUCCCAUUAUUUCCACUCUGAUUUAAAACGGCGAGAAUAAAUCGUUUUUUUUCAAGUUUCUAUUGCAGAAAUUAAUCAAGCAACAAUGUUAAAGCUCGUAACAGUGUCGCGGCGUUGUUGCGAGUGUGUGUGAUAUUCUGCGAGCCAUUUGCGUUUUGCAAAUGCGUUUUCCUAUUGUUAUUAACCGGGAAACUUAUUUAUUACAGAUCGUCCUUAUAGCUGGCUCUGCAUCCAGUCUCAAUGCUACGGCUAGCCGUCCCUAGCAGCCCUCCGUUCACAUGAACAGAGUGGAGCUAGCGACUGUUAGCUUCGUGUCAGCGCUAGCUAGCAACCUGGGGCUGACAUUCCGUGACAAGGGGAAAGUGAAGAAAAACGGCCAGAGUGAAUGAAAACACCAAGUCAGGAAAUUACACAGCAAGCGUUUGCUUUUGUUUAACGCGUAGCGGCUUUGCAGUAUUUGUUUAAAAUGGUUGGUCAUAUCAGCGGAGUGGGAAUGACUGACACUCCACCCAGUGAUGGCCCCUCCCAGGGAGCUGAGUUUGACAUGAUAGGUGCCCUCGACUGGAAGGAUGGUAUUGCCACGCUGCCAGGCAGUGAUAUCAGGUUUCGCAUGACAGAGUUUGGAACUCUUGAGAUUGUCACAGACCUAGAGGUCAAAGGGCAGGAGGCAGAGCCUAACAGUCAGACCUUGGACCCAGCACCAUCUCACACGCCCACACCUCCACCAGAGGGCCAGUCACAGACAGGGACAGUCAAAGCUCCAGCCAAUCCAAGCAAGCCAGGAUUGUCUCAAUCUAAAGCGCCUGGUCCUGUGCUUUUGUCUUUAGAGGAGGGCCCCAGUAUGGAGGGCCCUAGCGUGGAGGUUGGUCCCAGUGUUGAAGUUGGUUCUAGCGCAGACUUGGGCUCAAAUGGGGAGCUGUCAAGGUGUCGGGCUUGCGGUGGCCGUGUUCCUGGGGAUGCCCUGCUCCAGGGGAAAUUCUGUAGCUCAGCUUGCGCUCAGCCCUCCAGUGGCAGAUCAUCUCCAGGGGAAGCACGGGAGGGUCAGGCAGCAGAAGGUGAGAGACUUGGCAAACGUGUGCGCAAAAAGAGGAAGAUUUACAUGGACUCUGGUGAUGAAGAGGAAGAAAACCAAGAAGAGCCAGAGGAAAAGGCUAAGACUACCAAAGGCAGGAGAGGAGCCAAAAUUGCCAAACUGGUGGCUGCCCAACCCAAUAAGAAACGGGCAUGGAGCUGGCCUGCUUACCUUGAAGAGGAGAGAGCUGUUGCUGCUCCAGUUAAACUAUUUAAAGAGCACCAGACAUUUCCACAAAGCAGGAACAGUUUUAAGGUGGGGAUGAAGCUGGAGGGGCUUGACCCAGCUCACCCGUCUCUGUUCUGUGUGCUCACUGUUGCAGAGAUCCAAGGUUACAGGGUAAGGCUCCACUUUGAUGGAUACCCAGAGUGCUAUGACUUCUGGGCUAACGCCGAUUCGUGGGAUCUGAAACCGGCUGGGUGGUGUGAGAAGAAUGGACACAAGUUAUUGCUGCCUAAAGGUUGUAAGGAUGGCGAGUUCAAUUGGAGCACGUAUGUGAAGAACUGCAGGGGUCAGCUGGCCCCAAAACACCUUUUUAAGAGCCUCAACACAUCUGUGACUCCAUCUGGAUUUAGAGCUGGGAUGAAACUGGAGGCGGUUGACAGAAAGAACCCUUCAUUGAUUUGUGUUGCAACAAUUGCCGCUGUUGUCGACAACCGCCUGCUCAUUCAUUUUGACAACUGGGAUGACACACAUGAUUACUGGUGUGAUGCCAGCAGUCCAUACAUCCACCCUGUGGGUUACUGUGAAGAGACUGGGCUAACUCUUACAACUCCAGCUGAAUACAAGGAACCAAAGAGUUUUUCGUGGGAGAAAUACCUGGAAGAGACGGGGACACAGGCAGCUCCUGCACGAGCUUUUAAACCGCGACCACUGCAUGGCUUCCAGGUUGGGAUGAAAAUAGAGGCUGUUGAUAAGAGGAAUCCCAUGCUCAUUCGUGUUGGUACAAUAGCAGACACAGAAGACCACAGACUAAAGAUCCACUUUGAUGGCUGGAGUUCAGAUUACGACUACUGGGUGGAAACUGACUGCCCAGAUCUGCAUCCUGUUGGGUGGUGUCAAAAAACUGGACACCCACUACAAUACCCUAACGGCUCCAGUGAUUUAUUGACUACCCCAGGACAAGGGUGUCCUACCCCAGGAUGCAACGGUGUUGGGCACAUCAGGGGACCUCGCUAUGGGACUCACUACACUCAGGUGAGCUGUCCUUACUCAGAGAUAAAUCUGAACAAAGAGGGUUUGCUGCCAGACCGUCUCAGCGGAGAGCGGCCUCCCGCACUCAGUGGGCCUCAUCCUCGUGGGCGACGCCCUGACCCUAACGCAAACAACACGACACAAAGCUCCUCAAUGCCAGAGCAGCCCGAAGGAGCGGAAGAUGCCCAGAACAGGAAACCAGUGACAGCGGAAGCUGAGCAUACAGGACGCAACAGUCAGCCAGAGGCACUGGGUGGAGCCAGCGAGCAAAGCCACAAUGGAACAAGGCCUAAACGGACAGCUCCAGUUCCCAAAUACCUGAAAAUGCCCUAUGUCAAAGAGGAGAUUGGUGAUAGUAAAGCCUCUCCAGACACCAUCUCCCUCCAGCAGGCCCUCCAUGAGUCUGUGUUCUCCCCCGGCAUCUCUUCCUCUCCUCCCCAUCGGGUGGCUCUUUGCUGGGACAAACACUGCCAGCUGCUGCCUGAGGUCCUGGGGCUGACUGCCAAGAGAGUGGCCACUUGGAGCGCUGAGGAGGUGGCCGGUUUUGUCAAAGGGCUCCCAGGAUGUAAAGAACACGCUACUACAUUUAAAACAGAGCAAAUAGAUGGCGAAGCCUUCCUGUUACUCACUCAAGCAGACAUCGUCAAGAUCCUGUCAAUCAAGUUAGGACCCGCUCUGAAGAUCUACAACUCCAUCCUCAUGUUGAAGAACGCCGAUGAAGAAACAAGUUAAACUUGUUGAGCGCUGCGGCGGUGCAGCUACACGAGAGAAACAAGCGGAAGCCUUCAUCUCAAAAACGUCCAUCUCUCCUCCCUCCUCCCUCCUCUCUCCAUGAUGGACGGCACUGGUCAGCCUGAGGGAGAGUUUUUCAUCAUACCACGAGGAAUAUUUAACUUAUAUCGUGUUUGUUUACUGAAUCUUUGGGGGGGGAAAGCUGCAAGCACCUUCAAGGUUUCUUAACAUUGUACAGAUACAAAUUGGAUUUUGCAUCACAGUUCUGUUGCAUUUCUGUUUUAUAUGAGCUGUAAUGACAUGGUGUUUGUGUUGCAAGUUACUUGAGGAAAAUACUUGUUUUUUUUUUGUUUGUUUUUUUUUUUUCUUUUUCUCUUCUAAGCUGCAGAAUACAAUCGUGAGGCGGUGGAAAGUUUUUAAAUGUGAAAUACAGUGGAGCAGAAGCACUAUGUAGUUCAGCUUUUCUCCUGUAGAUGGAGGAAGAGGGCCACUCCAUGGACCCAAAGGGCAAGAGUGUUUAGUGUAUUUGGAGUUGGCUAAAGCUUAAGUUGAAUGGGGUAAUGGUUAAAAGUGUGGGUUUGCGUAUGAGUGUGUACAAGUGUGUUUGAGAAAUAAGGGUGCAAUUUCCUACCAUCUCGCUUGUGUUUCUUGUUUGGGGGUGGGGGUGGGGGGUAUUUUGUGACAAGCAGGGCCAAGGGCUAGCAGUUAAAUCGAGGAAACUUGCAGUCUUUUAAGGUGGAACAAACUCUGUUCUAAAUAUGAAUGUUAAACAACAGCUUUCAGUUUUGUUGUUUCUUCUCAUACUGUUCUUGGUUUAGAUAACCUUUUACAGUGUAAAUAAUAUACAGCUACCAGAGUUUACUCCUGCUUGGUUAUGCAAAGGCUUCUCUACAGGAGAGGACAUUGUGGCAGUAAACUUUAAAACAAAAAAAUAAAAAGAAAUGAGCCACAGUUCAUAGUUUUUGAGGAAGAGAAACAAAACCCAACAAACUUGGUUAGUGUCCUUGUAAAUCUGUGUGUAUUUCAGCAAGUUGGAAUGUGUACAUCAGCAACUGUUUAUAUGCAAACAGCUUUUAUUUAUGUAUUGUAAUUUAAGGGGUUAAUGGUACGCCGUUUGGCUCUGAGGUAGUUGUGGCUGUUUGGAAAGUGUGAAUGGGUGAAAAUAAAUGAGA